ACACAGUGUCUGGGUUAGAGUCGCUGUUUGAAUCUCUCCGCCCCUGUGGAUCGAGGCUCUUCACAUGCAGCUGAUCCAGUGUACAGACUGACAGACAGACAGCAUCAUCAGCGAGAGAUGUCCGCAUCUGUUAACGUCUCAAACUUCACCAACAGAUUCGCGCAGGCUCCUUGGCGCGUCGCGCUUUGGUCGCUCGCGUACGCGCUGGUUCUACUGGUGGCCGUGACUGGAAAUCUGAUCGUUAUUUGGAUUAUUGUCGCUCACAAGAGAAUGAGAACCGUCACCAACUACUUUCUGCUGAAUCUGGCGGUGUCUGACGCAUCUGUGGCAUCGCUCAACGCGCUGGUGAACUUCAUAUACGCUGCGCACGGGGAUUGGUACUUUGGCGACGCUUACUGCCGCUUCCAGAACUUCUACCCGGUGGCCGCGGUUUUCGCGAGCAUCUACUCAAUGAGCGCCAUCGCGUUAGACAGGUACAUGGCGAUAAUCCACCCGCUGAAGCCCCGACUCUCAGCAACAGCUACGAAAGCCAUGAUUGCAUGCGUGUGGAUUAUGGCCGUGAUUCUGGCAUUUCCUCUGUGCUAUUUCUCAACGACACGAGUGAUUCCUCACCGGACGCUGUGUUACGUGGCCUGGCCGCAACCGGCCCAUAACUCCUUUAUGUAUCACGUGAUUGUGGCAGUACUGGUUUACCUUCUGCCUUUGGCAGUGAUGGCCAUCACCUACACCAGGGUCGGACUCACCCUGUGGGGGGGUGAAAUUCCAGGACAUUCCUCUGAAACUUUCCAAGAUCAACUUCAGGCAAAGCGGAAGGUUGUGAAGAUGAUGGUGAUUGUGGUGUUGACUUUUGCCGUAUGUUGGUUCCCAUAUCAUGUGUAUUUCAUCGUGACUGGUCUCAAGCGUGAACUGAAUAAAUGGAAGGGGAUCCAGCAGGUUUAUCUGUCUGUGUUGUGGCUCUCCAUGAGUUCCUCGAUGUAUAACCCCAUCAUCUACUGCUGCCUAAACAGCAGGUUCCGGGCCGGAUUCAAGCAGGUCUUCCGCUGGUGUCCCUACAUCCAGGUAUCAGAUUAUCAGACAGAGUUUGAGCUCCAGACUGCACGCUUCCAGCAGAACCGGCGACAGAGCAAUUUGUACACGGUGACGCGCUUGGACUGUUGUCCAGAGCAGAGCGGUGCGCGACGCAGUAGCUCAUGCACCGCCCGCCGCUGAAGAUUGCUGUUUUAUACCAAGUUAAGCUGCUGGAAUUACAAACCACCGUCAGAAACACUACAUUUAUUUAUCAAAACUUUGACAAUAACUCUAUAUCUGUCAAUAUUACAUUAUACAGAAGAUCAUUCCAAUCUCAAUGUCAUUUUCAGUUGUUUGCAUUUUUUUUGUAGUUGUUUUAAAAAUGCCCACUGGGGUCCAAAGGUCUGAGACCACACAGAAAAUAAGUGACAUUAAGCAUAUAGAGUCAGAUUCUCUAAAGACAGACACACCAAAUAUUAUUGACAUUUAUGCAUUUGGCAGACCCUUUUAUCCAAAGCAGUUUACUGUACAUUCAAUGUAUGCAUGUCUUUUAACAAUAUGUAUUUCCUGGGAUUCAAACCCACAACAGCUGUGUGGCUAACCCAACACACUACGUGCUGAGCCACCAGAUCCUAAUCCUGUUUACUGUAUACUGUGUUUAUGUUGUGUAAGGACCUUCCCAUCUAAAGUCCUGUAAUCUGUCAGGUCCUGUUGGAACACAGAAAUCUCUCUAAAAGGCUCUUCACGCUGGGCGCGACGUGAUAAGAGUGUUGUAAAUUUCGCUGUGCUUUUACACAAACAAUUGAUAGUCUUGUGCUUAUUCACGCUUCCCUGAUAGGUGGCGCUGGCCAGUGAGAAGAAGAAAACCUCAAAACUGGGUGCAAAAGCAUCACGAGACGCACAAACUGUGCAGAAGCGAAGUGAGGAUGAGUUCUCCACUCUUCUCCGUUUGCACUCUUCUUUCUCUCCGGUGUUUAUUUUGGAUUUCUAAACAUUUUUCUUUGUUUCAACGCCACCACCCUUUUGUGUAACAAUAGCAGCUCCUGGCACGUUUACGUACAGCUUAAAUUUAAUUGGGCAACGAGGAAAAUUGACACACUGGUCACUUAAUCUUGAAUUAGAAUAGAAAUGGUUUAGUCACUGUCAUUCUUGAGCAAAAACAUGCAGACAUGCAGUCAAACACGAUGCACCUCAAACAGGUUAAUUUUCCGUUGUCAGUAAAUUGUAAAUGUACAUUUUAGUGGUUACGUUGGUGUCGUCGUCAGAUAACAAAGUAAAACAAAUGGAGCAGCUCGCCAAAUUGGUUGCAAGGCCACCAGAGUUUCUUUCUUUCUGACCGCAGCGUGUGGGUCUGCAGACUGCACAACUUCAGUGCCAUUUACAUUCGGGUCCAGUCAGGUUUUCAAAUAAAUUGACACUGGUUCGGGUCGGACUCGGGUCUAAUUUUGUCUCGGGUCGGGUCUUUCUUUAAAUAUAUAAAAAAUAUAUGUAUGCCAUCAGGUUCGGGUCAUUUCAGGUCGUGUACAUUUCUUUGGACCCGAGAAGACCUCUACUCUGCACUAAAUGUCAGUGCCGUGGCCCGUGGUUGGUUAGUGCAGAUUAAGGGGAGGUAUUAUUAUAAUAAGAUUAUCUGUGCUGCUCCUUUGUUAUGUGUUGGAUAAUGCAUCUGUUGUAUUGUAACUUUUUUGUAUGCCGUUAUUUUCUUUAAAAAAAUUGUUCUAUGUUUAUAACCAGAAUGAAUAAAAUCUUAAGUGUUGUACUGUG